AUGGAUGCCAAAGAAUGUUUCCAGAAAGCGAACGAAGAAUUUAUCAACGAAAACUUUGAAAAGGCUCUUGAACUUUACUCCACAGCCAUCGAAUUAGAUGGAACUAACCCUGAGUAUUACAAUAAUAGAGCCCAAACUAAGAUCAACAUCGGAAAAUAUGAUGAGGCAUUAACGGAUACAAAUACCGCAUGUGAACUCGAUCCAACGAAUAUGAAAGCAUACGUCAGGAAAGGUAUCGCAUUAUUUCACCUCGAAAAGUUCAAGGAAGCAUAUACAACGUUUCAAGCUGCUGAAAUUCUUGGCCCUGAAGACAAGGUCUUGAAAACCUGGUUAAGGAAAUGUGAAGCUGAGUUGGACAUAUCAGAUAAAAAUUCAGAUAACGAGUUGGUCGAACCAUUGGUUGGUGUUUCAAAAGGAAAGGAUGAAAGUGUGAAGAUUACAAAGGAACCAGCACCUCCAAUAUCAGCGCCAAGUCAACCUCCUCCAAAGCCAAUUGCACCAAAGACACGCUAUGAUUGGUAUCAGACCCAAACAAAUGUUGUUGUCAACGUGAUGCUGAAAAACGUGAAAAAGGAAGAAUGCACAGUAGAUAUUCAACCAAAAUCUUUAAGUGUUACUGUAAAGUUACCUGGAGGAGAUGAAUGUAAUUUAAAACUUCAUUUGGCCCAUGAUAUAAUUCCGGAAAAAUCUUUUAGCAAAGUUAUGUCGACAAAAAUUGAGAUAAAACUUCGGAAAUCAGAAGAGAGACAGUGGGCAAAAUUAGAAAAUGAUGGUCAAAAAGAUACUGUUAAGCAGUUUAACCCUCAAGGUACUGAGCCAGUUGUCAGUAAAUAUCCCACUUCCAGCCAUUAUACUAGAAACUGGGAUAAGUUGGUAACUGAAAUCAAAGAAGAAGAAAAAGAAGAAAAAUUGGAAGGAGAUGCUGCCCUCAAUAACUUGUUUCAGAAGAUAUAUGCUGAUGCCAAUGAUGACACAAAGAAAGCUAUGAUGAAAUCAUUUUAUGAAUCAGGUGGAACCGUUCUCAGUACAAAUUGGAAUGAAGUUGGCAAACAAAAAGUAGAAGUGAAACCACCAGAUGGAAUGGAGCACAAAAAAUGGGAAAUUUAAGACAGAUAGACAGAUUCUAUACAAAGCUUUGAAAUCUUUUUCCACCCACUAAAACAGGACUAUUAAUUCUUAUGUAUUUAAAUUGCAUUCACUUAAUGCUUUUAAAGCUAGUACAAGUGAUCAUGAUAUAAACAAUUUUAUGUAAACAGGCAUCAGCUUCUGCAUUCUUUAAAAAUUGUAAAUAAGGAAAUCUGGAUAUUAAUUUUGAAUAAAUUUAAUUAUGAUUCCAGAUUCAUGUGUGCUGUCAUAUGAUGCUAAUUAAAAAAGUAGAAAACUCAAUAUAAAUUAUUCAUCAUUGACAACAUAUUCAGAUGCUGCAUGUACUCGGAAAUAUAAAGGCACAGGUGUAGAACUAGAAAAGCCUCAUUCUAUUUGCACUUUCACACAUUUUUGUACAAUAUAAUGCAAAACAAAUUGCUCCAUUAAAAAAAUGUAUGUACCAGGGUAAUCAUUUUGUUCAUUUAAUAAUAUAAAGCUUUUCAUCACAUAUCCGUCCAAGAUUGAGCAUUUGUCAUU